CCCCCGCCCUCCCCUUCCCCCUGCGACACCCACGACUGCCGCUCAAUCAACCGAGUAGGCCCCUUAUCAGCGUAAAAAGGACACUCAAGGAUAGUGUGACGGACGGACAAGGGGUUAGGCGCCUGCACCGCGCUCGGACGUGAAAAGCUGGAGAAAGCACUGCUGUGGUAUCCCAGCAGCGACACGACUGCACCACUGCCUGUGCCAGAGUGCCAAGGCAAGAAGACGGCUCGACGCAGCGAGAACGAGGACGAUAUCGGGAAGAGAGAAGAGCACAAGGGAAUACGCUGGGGCCUCCUCCUCAACAAACGACCAGCCCAGCUUUUGUGGCACUCCGAGCGUACGCUGUGUCCUGCUGGCUAUCCCUGACCCCCUGACGGCACCAUCCCUGCACACGGCCAGUGCUUGCGAAACGCACCUGUUCCACGCCAGUCAUAGCGGACGGGCCCCUGUGAGCCCCCGGCUGUUCUGGAUACGGUCGCCCCCUGUCAAUCAACUUGACAACCACCCUCCUUUAACACUGCGACGCUUUUGCUCCCGCUCCCGUCCAGCGUACACCAUCUCCCACCCCGCCUAGCUGCACUUUCUGCCCCUCCCGCUUUUGCAGACAGAACGGCUUUAUUCGGGCACCUUGCCACAAGGCCACCUUCCUCCCGCCCUCGUCCAGACCCCAGUUCGGCCGGCUCCCCCCUCCUUUGUCGAGACUGCCUCUCCUGGCAAGUAUCCAGAACCCGCCACAGCAACCACCUUCUCAACCUCGCCGUGUCUAUGAGACACACUUUCGCAUACUCUUCCAAUCCACCAACUGUCUCUACGAGAUCUACGCUGUCUGCCCCCUUCUGAGGCACAGCCACGACAGAGAAUCAAUCCCUCUUUUGGCAAGCUGCGCCCGACGUCCCUGUCUGUGAUACAUUCCCCAUACCCCUCUGCCCCAUCAUAUAACAUCUUCAAUGUCUAUAUCCGGCACCAUCUCCCGACGUCGCAUCGGCUCUGUGAGUCAGAGAAUGAACGACUCGUUGCCGCAACUCGAUAUUCAGAGCAUCCAGAUGCCAUCAAAUCCCCAGAAUGCCCUCGCCCUCAAGACAGCUGCGCUGUCGACCUCUACGAGGUCCUUGUAUCAAACUUGUUCCAUCCUGAAGAAAAGACUGAUGUGUGUCGAGGGGUUCCAGCCGUUCUUGGGUGCGUUGGCGACAUACUCGGUGUUUGUGAUUAGGCGCUGACCACUGCACAGAACAACCACCCAACGCCGAACCGAUCGACGUCGUCUCCCACAUGUGCCACCUCUUCCGACUCGGCUCCCCUCUCCUCCAUCUCUACAACCUUCUCAUCCCAGCAUUCACCGAUUCCCUCUCACCCCUGUACGCCGACCUCCCAGCACCCGCUAAACUCGAGUAUGCCUUUCCCCAAUUCAAAGCUACCCCCAACGGUGUUCGCAACUGGGCGAAAAAGCCUGAGAACGCCAAACCGUGUCAACGAUACAUUGCAGCAUUCUGCAUGGCGAUGAAGAAGCGGAUAGAAGAAGGGAGAUGGCACUCGGAUAUGUGGGCCCUGCACGAGCUGUGGGGCAAGUCGACGGGAGAAGAGCUGGAGGCGUAUGAUUCGACGGGAUUGAUGAAGGUGCUGAGCACGGUGGAGGAAAUGCUCGACAACCUCCCCGAGUCGGCCUUGUCUCCCAUAUCUCCGAAUACACCCUUUACCGGCAACGGCUCUAUCGCUCAGCGCACACAGUCGCGACAAUCCUACGACUUGCCAUUCUCCAUGGGAGGUAUGGGCUCCGGCGCCGGUGCUGUCGCCAACAUGGCGGCCACCAUGAACGGUGGCGUCCACAUCGAGGCCAGCGCGAAUGAAAACUCGCCCUCCGCUGAAGAGAUGCAGCGUGGGCCGUCAAAGAUGUCAGCAGAGGCCAAUGCGUACAAGUCAGUGGAAGAGCUCGUGGCGAGUGAAAAGAGCUAUGUGCAAGAGUUGGAAAUCUUGGUGAGAUGCUCCCAGGAGAUGGUGGAGGCGCGCCUGGUAUCGACAGAGACGAAUCAUAUGAUCUUUUCGAACCUGUCAAAGAUAUUGGAUUUCCACCGAAAAUUCCUAAUCAAGCUCGAGACCGAGUACGAACCGAUGGAAGAGAAAGGCCAGGGUGCUUGGGCUGAAGGCGUGUGGGGGAGACCCUUCAUUGUCAGCGAGGCCGAGUUUGACUGCUAUGGUCCUUACUGCGCCAACUAUCUCGACGCUAUCACGGUUGUGAAUGAGCAGAUGCCACUUCUCAUGCGAGGGCAAGAACUUGCUCCGGCUGAUCGACCCUGUCUGGACCCUCAACGGGAACUGCAGGCGUUCAUGAUCAAGCCUAUCCAGAGAAUCACCAAAUAUGGUCUUUUGCUCGACGCUAUCCUCCACGCGACUGCCAAGUACGAGUACCCCUACCGUCCCGAACUUGAAGAAGCCUCCGCUGCCGUCAAGCGGAUCGCUGCCGGAAUCAACGAAGUCACCGACUUUAAAGCCAAGCAAGCCACCAUACGCGAGCUCGUUGAGCGCGUCGACGACUGGAAAGGUCACGACGUGGACAAAUUUGGUCCCCUUCACAUCGACGACCACUUUACCGUAACAAAAGCCGACCAGCCCAGAGAGUACCAUGUCUUUUUGUUUGAAAAGAUGAUGCUCUGCUGCAAGGAAAUCACACCCGACAAGAAAAAGUCGGGAAAGAAUAGCAGUAUGCUGAGGAAGGAUCGGGGUAUGAGCAAGAACGGGCCAUUGGACAAGAAAAAGCUGGCGUUGAAGGGAAGAAUAUUUGUAUCAAAUAUCAAGGAGGCUACUAUACUUCCUUCAGAGGCUAGUGAUCCUUACGGUGCUGCUCGUCUCCUGAUCGGCUGGACAAUCCCUCUGCGGACGGCCGACGGCUACCACGAGGACCAAGAAGAUUCCUUCAUCAUGAUUGGCAAGAGCGAAGACCAAAUGAAAAAGUGGUCAGAAAAGGUGCUCGACCUCGCCAAGAAUGAACGAAAGGUACAAGAGGAGCUGCGACAGCAGCGAAUGAAGUCUGGCCGUCUUUCUGGAUCAGAGAGACAUUUCCAACACUCUUCCUUCGGUCCUCCCACUCCUGCUAGCGAGUUCCCUCCGCCAAACCCCUUCAACAUGCCACCUCUGCCUGAUAGGGCUGCCGCUCACUAUCACGGUGAAGAUGACGAUCCCAACGGUCUCCAUAGCGGACGCACCACGCCGAGUACGCAACCCCAUCCCUACGCCUACCAACCUCCAGGAGGCAACCGCAGAGUGCAGAGCCAACAGUCGAUAUCAUCGAUGAACCCCAUCGAGACGCGGGCUCGAGCAAUGACGGAAGAUCAGAACGGCCCCAGUAUGGCCCAGUGGCGCACACAGCAACCCCUCGCUCCUCCCAUGCCACGCUUGGUAUCAAACAUGUCGGGCAUGUCGAUGGCUUCUGAAGCGUCGUUCGGUAACGGGCCGCCUAGUGCUGGCAACAGGCCUGGUAUGGGCAGACAGAUGAGUUCUGUGAGAUUACCGCGCGCGCCGGAAGAGGAAGCCGAGAUAGAUGCGAGCCCGACAGAACAGAGAGAGGCCUUCAACAGAUACGGGCCUUCGCGAGGGAUGGCCAGGACUCCCAGUCAAGGAGUUGCUACUGUCCCACAUCCUCCGGCUCUGAGGAACCGCAGUGCAUCGUCACCGAAUGUCUAUCAAGAACCUGUCGUUAUUGGAGCGGCUCCUCCCGUCCCAUAUACUGCUGGCGCCAACGGCACAUGGACAACAGGCUCAGCUUCCAAUCUUCCAGCCAGCACACACCCCUACGCUCUUAGCACCCCUGUGCCGGGCUUCGGACCUCAGGGAGGUCCCCCGCUUCCUCAAGGUCAUCAGGGCCAUUAUCACUCUGGUUCAUCGGCAGGCACCACUGUCGUCGGUGGCACGGCGUACUUCAACAAGCGGGUGUCGAGCGGGAAACGGUCGAGCGCAGGUUCGACAACGACAACUGAAACGUCGGAUCAGACCAGCCCCGCGACUCCUUAUGGAACCAGUGGAGAUCUGAGAUCAACACAGUUGAGGCAGGGGAGCGGGGAUAGUGUUGGUGGAAGUGUCCUAGUCAAGGUCCGGUGUGGCGAGGACCAAUUCAUCCUUGGAGUCUCACAUGAGAUUGACUACAUCACUCUCUACGAGAAGAUCCUGAAGAAGCUUCGUCUGUGCAGCUCGCGUCCAGCAGGCGAGCAUGACAAGCUGCAGAUCCGAUACGUCGAUAACGACGGAGACGAGAUUCAGCUCAAGUUUGAUUCGGAUGUGGAGAUGAUGAUGGAAGACGGUCGGGAUAUGGCGGGGCAGAUCAACCUGAUCGCCAGGUGGACGGAAGGAGCGGGAAAACGUUUGGGAGGCGAAGUGUACCAAGUAUAGUGUUUGAAACGGGUUUCGCAGUGUUUUUUUCUUUCUAAUGAUCAUCGUAUCCUUCUUUGUUGGUAUCCUAUCACUACCACAUAUUGUGACUUUAUCUUUGAAUAUUUUCUAUCUCUCAGCAUUUGGUUAGUUGGGCGCAUCUACUCAACGGAAGUCUGUCUUUUCUCUUUUUGUCGGCCGUAAUGUUCAUUCUCAGCAUCAUUCUUUUUCUCUUCCUCCGUUCUCUUGUGAUAAAUUCUAGAUGGCAGUAACAUAUUUGUAUCAAGUACGUUAUCAAGUAUGAAAAAGAUUCGAAACA